UUUUAAUACAUUACUAUAAACAACUUUGGUUUAUUAAUAAAUAAUGGUUAAUCCUCUAUUUUCAUUACAAUUAAGGCAUAAUGUAAUACCUCGUUUGGUCACCAUCGGCAAGUAUGAUGGAUCCCAUCACUGUUUGACAUUAGCAACGACUGAAAACAAGAUAUUAAUACAUAGUCCACAUAAGCCAGAUAAAGAAAUUUCUUAUUUGAACAUCAAUCAAAAAAUUACUGCAAUAUUAGCGGGAAAAGCUAUACCAAAUGAAGACAAAGAUAUACUUGUUGUGGGUACUGUCAGUAGCAUAUUGGCAUACAACGUAGAUAUGAACAGCGAUUUAUUCUUCAAAGAGAUUCCAGAUGGAGUGUCUGCGGUAGCUAUUGGCAAACUCGGGACUAUGAAAGAACCGUCGAUCAUAAUCGGAGGAAAUUGUGCUGUUCAAGCGUUCGAUUAUAAAGGCAACGAGCUUCUGUGGACAGUGACAGGUGACAACGUCAGGUCUAUUAUCGUUAUGGACAUAAACCUAGACAGAUACAACGAGUUGCUCGUGGGUUCUGAUGACUACGAAAUUAGAGAGUUUAAAGAUGAUAUGAUUGUUAACGAAAUAUCGGAAACUUCGCCUAUUUGUUUGCUAAGUAGUAUGUCGACUGGAAAAUUUGCAUACGCUUUAGACAAUGGCACGGUCGGUGUGUACGACAGAACUCAGCGCCUAUGGAGAGUCAAGUCAAAGAGCACUGUUACUUGUCUCGAAAAAUAUGACUUGGACGGCGACGGAAAAGAGGAAUUGAUCACCGGAUGGUCGAACGGUAAGGUGGACGCCCGUAAUUGCAGAACAGGAGAAGUCGUUUUCAGAGAUGUACUGUCUUCGGGCAUUGCAGGAGUAGUUCUGGGAGAUUACAGGAGGGCUGGAAAAUGCCAGUUGAUCGUCGUUUCCGCAACAGGGGAAGUUAGAGGAUAUGAUAGCACCAGUCUCAAAGUGGAGUCAGGAGUUCAGUCCAAUGUUGUUCAUGAUCUAUUGCAAAAGAGGCAAAUAUUAAUGACAGAGUUGAGUAACUAUACGAACGUUUCCAAUGAAGGUCGCGGAAUUCCGGGAGACACUCGUCUUAUAACAGAAGUAUCAGUUUCGGAAACGUCAGAGCCACCUUGUGUACUUCUUACACUCUUGACCAACAACUCGACAAUAUUGAGAGCAGUCACAGUGUUUGCCGAGGGAAUUUUCGAUGACGAAACACACGUGGUUCAUCCCAAGAAGGAAAACGUUUCGUCGAAAAUUAAAAUAUCUCUAUUUCCGCCGAAAGACAUACCUCUGGAUAUUCACAUUCGAGCUUUCGUUGGGUCUAACGUGGACAAUGAUCAAUUUCACGUGUUCGAACUGACCAGGUCGUUACCUCGAUUUUCUAUGUACUCGUUGGUUCCUUAUCCGGAAUCCGAAGAAUUGCCUGGAAGCUACGUUACAUUCCAACUAGUCGAACGCGUACAACGGUUGGAUAUGUGGUUAAGUCAAAAUUUUAUCAUUCCGCAAAAAACGCCGAUAAAGACGGACGGGAAAGAGUAUUGGAAAAUCAUGAUAAAAUCUUUUCGAAAUUCUUCACUCACCUACGUUAAAUUCGAUAACAACGAAAUAAGCAUAUAUUCCACAAGCAUAAGUCUGACGGCUGACAUUGUACAAUCGUUGGCGUCGGACUUGAACAUUGGCCAAAUCGAUUCGCUCGCAGAAUUUCCCGGAGUCAUUGACGAUUUAUGGGAAAAUAUGCAAAUGGUGAAAACGCUGCAACAAAAUUCUGUCAAACUCAACGCUUCAAUAGCCGAUAGUUUGGCCUUGUUGAAAAAUCUCAUCGUACAAGCGGAAGAUUACCGAUUAUUGGAUGAUAUGCCCAGCAUGGUAAGGUGUCUUAACGAAGUCUAUCACAUAAACAAACAAAUGAUACAAAACCAUCGGGUGACUUGUGAAAACCAUCAACAGUUGUUGGGGACUCUGAAAAAAAUCAACACCGUCAUACAGAACGCUUCUAGGCUUCGUGUGAAUAUCAGCAAAACCGAAAUCAUAACUGCUUAUCGGCAAGCUGUGGCGUCGGAAAACAUGGCCGUUUUGAAAAAGCUAAUUGAAACGGGAAACAAGUAACGUCGGUCAUUCUGUGAGAGAAAUAAGUAUACCAUUGUGUUAUAAUAUAUUUAUACUAGAUUGAGUAUAUAGG